CCCCGUCCCCAGGUAAGCGAGGGCAGGGCGUGGCUCCCCCACCGCUUCCUGUUCCUCCGUUUCCCUUUGCUCGAGUCUCCGGUUGCUUCGCCAGUUUUUUGUUUUUGUUCCUUUCGCGUUCGAGUUGAGUUUUGCGGUCAUGGGAGCGCUGCAGUGCGUCAAGUACCUGGUCUUCGCCUUCAACUUCCUCUUUUGGCUGGCCGGCACGGGCGUGCUGGCGGUGGGAUUGUGGCUGCGCUUCGACACCAGGACGUCCGGACUCUUUGAGGGCGACGACUCGCCCUCCGUCUUCUUCACGGGCGUGUACAUCCUGAUCGCGGCCGGAGCGCUGAUGAUGGUGGUGGGCUUCCUGGGGUGCUGCGGCGCCAUCAAGGAGUCGCCGUGCAUGCUGGGAUUGUUCUUCCUGUUCCUGCUGGUGAUCUUCGCGGUGGAGGUGGCGGCGGGCAUCUGGGGUCUUUCCAACCAGGACCGCGUCGUGGUCGACGUGACCGAGUUCUACAAGCAGACUUACACCAACUACAAGGACACCAGGCAGGAGGCGCUCAAGGAGACCCUGCGCCUCAUCCACUUCGGUCUGAACUGCUGCGGGCCGACGGGCACGGUGAUCGACGCCGCCAAGGACAUCUGCCCCAAGAAGGAGGGGCUGGAGGUGCUCAUCACCACGAGCUGCCCGGCCGCCAUCGAGGAGAUGUUCAACAACAAGCUGCACAUCAUCGGCGGCGUGGGCAUCGGCAUCGGCGUCAUCAUGAUCUUCGGCAUGAUCUUCAGCAUGAUGCUCUGCUGUGCUAUCAAGCGAUCCAGAGACUUUGUUUAACUCCGUCGGGCGCCUGCUCCCGCCUUCAGUUUAGUAACCAAUGCUUUUUUUUUUUUUUUUAAACUCACCGCUCGGGGCGGGGGCACGCAGGACGACCACGUCGGACGGGUGAGCGCGUGGCACCCCAGGCGCCGAGCGUUCGGGUUCCACUUCUCACUUCCGUGUCGCGCACAGAAAAAGUUUUUCAUUUUCUCAUCUUCUGCCAGAGCGUUUACAGACGAAACAUGCUAACAUUUAGCUUGUUUGAAUUUUGUUCUAACAAACGUUUUGAUGUAUUUAUGCCCAAUAAAUGACAUUUGAAAAAUCA